AUGGACGGCAUUAUUUCUGAAUUGUCUGAGGCUCAAUGUGUGGUUGUUGUGUUUGUGUGCAGGUAUGUGGUGACCUUCAGUCCUCUUAUGGACACCAAGGAGGACCCGCAGGCCAUCAUCAUCUGGGACAUCCUGACCGGACAGAAGAAGAGAGGCUUCCACUGCGAGAGUUCAGCACACUGGCCCAUAUUCAAAUGGAGCCACGAUGGAAAGUUCUUUGCCAGGAUGACCCUAGACACACUGAGCAUCUAUGAGGCUCCAUCUAUGGGCUUGCUCGACAAGAAGAGUCUCAAGAUUACCGGCAUCAAGGACUUCUCAUGGUCUCCCGGUGACAACAUUAUAGCGUUCUGGGUCCCUGAGGACAAAGAUAUCCCAGCCAGGGUGACUCUGAUGCAGAUGCCUACCCGCCAGGAGAUCCGUGUCCGCAAUCUCUUCAAUGUUGUCGACUGCAAACUGCACUGGCAGAGAAACGGAGACUACCUGUGUGUGAAGGUGGACAGGACUCCUAAAGGAACCCCGGGCGUGGUCACCAACUUUGAAAUCUUCCGCAUGAGAGAGAAGCAGGUUCCUGUUGAUGUGGUGGAGAUGAAGGAGGGCAUCAUAGCGUUUGCAUGGGAACCCAACGGCAGCAAGUUUGCUGUUCUCCACGGAGAGCCUCCCAGGAUCAACGUCUCCUUCUAUCAUGUCAAGAACAACGGCAAGAUCGAGCUCAUAAAGACGUACGACAAGCAGCAGGCCAACAGCAUCUUCUGGAGCCCCCAGGGACAGUUUUUGGUGCUGGCCGGACUCAGGAGUAUGAAUGGAGCUCUGACCUUCGUGGACACGUCAGACUGCACCAUGAUGAACAUAGCAGAGCACUACAUGGCCUCCGACGUAGAGUGGGACCCCACCGGGCGCUAUGUCGUCACCUCCGUCUCCUGGUGGAGCCACAAGGUGGACAAUGCAUACUGGCUGUGGACGUUCCAGGGCCGUCUACUUCAGAAGAACAGCAAGGACCGCUUCUGCCAGCUGCUCUGGAGAUCCAGACCUACUACUCUGCUCAGUGUGGAACAGGCCAAGACCAUCAAGAAGGAUCUGAAGAAAUACUCCAAGAUCUUUGAGCAGAAGGAUCGUCUGAGUCAGUCCAAGGCUUCUAAGGAGCUGGUGGACAAGCGCAGGUCCAUGAUGGACGACUACCGUCGCUUCAGAGAGACAGCGCAGCAGACCUAUCUGGAUCAGAAGGAGGCCCGGCUCGAGCUCAGAGGAGGAGUGGAAACUGAUGAGCUGGACAGCAAUGUGGAAGACUGGGAGGAGGAGACCAUUGAGUUUUUUAUCAACGAAGAAAUCAUUCCCUUUGGAGAUCUGUAGUCCCCUACGCAGUUCCGAUUUUGUGUGGAAGGAGGAGAGGAACUGCGUCAUUGAUUGGAGAAGGACGAGGACCACGCUGUGAAUAAUUGGGGUUCACGAGCCUCAACGUUCAUCUUUAGUGACAUCAUCAAAGCACGUCUCAUCGAGGGACAAGAGAGGAUACUUCAAAAUGUUCCCAUUGACUCUCACCAUCAUCCGCCCACUUUUUUUCGCUCUGUGGAUCCUGAAAUUUAGUAAAACUGCCUGCUUCUUUUUUUAUUCAUUAAUUGGAGUCACCUGCCCUCUAUUCUCAGCCCCUCUCUUAUUGGACCGUCUUUUUCCAGGGGUUGUUUUAGGAACUAGCUUCACCAUGCUAGUGUGUUAUCACAGGGCAGCACAGAGUGGUGUAACAGUGGGGGGGGAAGGUGUUGUGACAAAACAAGUAGCCUUCUUUAUAAACGUGCUGAUGUGGCACUAUAGUGGCCUGUAUCCUCCUCCUUUCAGACUAGGCUUUCACACAGGGAGGUGGUGCGAAGUGGGAAUAACUUUAAAUAAACAUUCAAACAGAAGAUACCUGAA